AUGGCUCAAUCCAUUAGGCGCCAGUCUCUGUGGAUUGUCUUGUUGAUGUUCAUAGCCAUGGCUGUGGCAGCUUCAUCAGAAAGUGAUGGUGGUUCUGAGUCUUCCGGUGGAUCGAAGAAUGAUGGUCAAUCUGGCCACAAUGAUGGUAAUAAUGGUGACGGUCAAUCCGGGAAUAAUGAUGGUAACAAUGGUGAUGGUCAAUCCGGCAAUAAUGGCGGUGGCUCUAAGAAAGAUUCUCCUCCUCCUCCUCCCAAGAACGAUGAUGGCAGCGAAUCUAGGAAAUCCCCGCCACCUCCUAUGCGUACUCCUCCUACUCCUACACCAACUCCUUCAUUGUCACCACCUGUUACCACUUUCUCUCCACCAUCAUCUAAUCCUCCUCCCUCUCCAACACCUCCUACACCAUCUCCACCUACUCCAACCCCAUCUCCGCCUUCAUCAAACUCUCCUCCGCCCCCACCCAAGAAAGUCAAGUGCAAGAACAAGUACUACCCUAAGUGUUACGACAUGGAGCAUGCAUGCCCCAACUCUUGUCCUGGUGGAUGUCUGGUGGAUUGUGUCUCUUGCAAGCCUGUCUGCAAGUGUGAUAUGCCAGGAGCAGUGUGCCAAGAUCCUCGCUUCAUAGGCGGCGAUGGCCUCACUUUCUACUUCCACGGCAAGAAGGACUUAGACUUUUGCCUCGUCUCAGACUCCAACCUCCACAUCAAUGCCCAUUUCAUUGGCAGAAGAAACCAGAACAUGAGGAGGGACUUCACUUGGGUGCAAUCCAUUGGUGUCCUCUUUGACAACCAUAAGCUCUUUAUAGGUGCACAAAAAACAGCAACAUGGGAUGACACUGUGGACCACCUCGCCCUCGCCUUUGAUGGAGAGCAAAUAGUCCUUCCACAAACUGAGGGAGCAAAAUGGCAAUCCGAGGCCACACCAAAUGUGUCCAUCACUAGGAUCAGUGACACCAACACCGUGAUUGUUGAAGUUGAAGGGAACUUCAAGAUCACAACCAAGGUUGUGCCCAUCACAGAAGAAGACUCUCGGGUGCACAACUAUGGCAUUACCAGUGAUGAUUGCUUUGCUCAUCUUGAUCUAAGCUUCAAGUUCUUGUCAUUGAGUGAUGAAGUGAAUGGUGUGUUAGGACAAACGUAUAGACGUGAUUACGUGAGCCGAGUGAAGGUGAAUGUGCCCAUGCCUGUAAUGGGGGGAGGUAGAAAGUUUGCAAGUUCAAGCCUCUUUGCUGCAGACUGCGCUGUGGCUCGGUUUGAUGGUGGCUAUAACUCUCGUUGGGGAGUUUCUUCAGAAACUGGUAUAGAGUUGCUGAGCUUAAGCUGUGGCAGUGGAAUGGAUGGGCAAGGAGUACUUGUCUGCAAGAGAUAGAUUUCUUAGCUCUCAUUUUCAUUGUUGGAAACUUGUUGUAAUAAAGAAUAAGCUUGUGGAAGCCACUGCAAAUAUUUUCAUUGUUCUUGAAAAAGUGUCCAAAAUCCAACUACUUUUUGUCUUUCAUUGUGGGUUUAAUGUUAUAUACGGAGUUUAUUAAGUGGUUCGAUUUAUUUCAGGAUUACAUGUUAGGGAUUACA